ACACGCACAGUUAAAAUAAAAUCAGUUAAAACUGAAAUGCGAUAUGCCUGGUAAAAUAUUAAUUGUGGGUUAGAAUAAAUGCAUAUCGUGCGUCAGUACACGUUUACGGGUAGCAUGUUACAACCAUAAUUAUUACCUGCUGGAUAAUGAUUCGGUAAUUAGGUAAUAAAGAAUGGCAACAAAGAUCACAAAAUGGAUAGGUCAAUGUGUAUGAAUGAGCAAAUGAUUUGGAAAUUUUACUCAAAACUACUAGGGUGAUGAAAAAUGGACUAAAAAAAAAAUGUUUUCCACCGUGUUGAGAAAGACGAAGCAUUUGGUACAUUACACCGUGACUUUUGGUUUAAUCGUUGUUGUCCUGGUCUGUGUCAAAAACAAUUAUCUACCUUUCAUACGAGGUGGGAAUAUAUACAGGGGACCAGACCACAGGAUAUUGGUUUCAAAGUCCGUUACAUCGCGCAAUAUCACCAGCCAGGUUUUCUCGCACUCCAUAAAAGAAUAUGCAACUUUUAAGAACACAAAAUUGAAGACACACGUUCAAAAGACUGGAAUUACAAUGGUUUAUAAGAAAUCUUCACCGUUUAUAGAUCCUGUGUUUCACGUGGACAUUUCCUCUCAUAAACCUACAAGGAAUCAUGUAGACCAUACUAUUCUGUUCCUGGAAUCUCCAGACUGGUUCAAACAAUGGUCUGCGUCUGCUAAUAUAGGACAGUGUCUCAAGUAUACGAACUGUAAACAAUCUUUUGACCGUUCUCUUUUUAGGACAAGUAAAGCGGUUGUAUUUAACUUACCGGAAAGAGGCAUUGACUCGGUACCUCCUAUACAUUUCAAAAGCCCUGACCAAGUCUGGGUGUUUUUUACUUUAGAAUCACCAUUACACAUCAAUCAAGUUUAUAACAGUCGUAAUUGGCACAAUGUUUUCAAUUGGUCUUGGACAUAUCAUCCAAAUGCUGAUAUAUUUAAUCCUUAUGGUGUUUUAGUUGAAAAGAAAAUAGUACCGUUUAGAAAUUAUUCUAGUAUUUUUCGGAAGAAAACGAAGUUUGCCGCCUGGGUAGUAAGUAAUUGCCAUGCUCCGAGCGAACGGGACGAGUUUGUUAAUAUCUUAAAACGAUUCAUUGAUGUCGAUGUGUUCGGUAAUUGUGGAAGUCGGGCUCCGCAGAAUUUAAGUAAUUAUUUAAAUGAACACUACAAGUUUUAUCUCGGUUUUGAAAAUUCCCUCUGUGAAAAUUACAUGACAGAGAAAUUUUUUAAAUAUUAUAAACUAGAUGUUAUAACAGUGCUGAGGGGACAUACUAAUUAUACGGAGUAUCUUCCUGACAUUUCGUAUAUAAAUACCUCUAACUUUUCAUCAAUAGCAGCGCUUGCUCAAUUCAUGAAGGACUUAUGUGGAAACGAAGAACAAUACGUAAGUUAUUUAAAAGAAAAAGACAAAUAUACAGUGUAUGAACGUGAAUUUAUGUUCAAAGACGCAUUAUGCAGAUUGUGUGAAAAAUUAAACAAUAUUGAAGAGAACAGACGGACAUACGGAGACAUGUAUAAAUGGUUAGGCCCGUGUUACGGAGCUAAUGAUUUGAUAACUAACGCUACAAGUUCAUUCGACGUUGCAGGAUGAAUAAAAUAAACUACAAUCAAUGCAAAUGAUAUAUUUAUAAAUGAGUUUCACCGACACUGUUAAAGUCAUGAGGCUACGUCACAGCAUAAACCGGUCGAGGAUCUUAAUUAAGUGUCUCUCCGUAUUCAGGCAA